AAUGCUGCUGCUGCCGCCGCAGCCGGUGCCGCCGCCCUCUGGGUGCCGGCCGCCGCGGGGGAUCAUGAGCGUCUCGGGUAGCUUCCGUCUCCCCCAGUUCUGCAGAGACGAGGGAUUUGGGUGUCGGUUCGCCCCUCGUCCUCCGUUGCCUUUCGCCCUCGGGAGCGAUGAGCCCUCGCUAUGAGUAGCAGCCAGCAACGCUCCCACCUCGAGCAACGCGAUUUACAGGUAGAUAAUGGCAAACUCCCGAAGAUCUCUCGUUUUCCAAAAUGGAAACAUGCCACUUUACAGCCAAUCCCAAAAGAAAGAAAAUUACCAUUCCUGGCACCUGAUAAUAAAUUCCUGGAUCAUAAAGGAAAAUUAUUUGAAAGUGAACCAUUUAUGGAUAGUUGGAAAAAUGCAGUUUUAAAGACAAAAAGAAUUAAACAAGAGUAUGUUUCUGCAUAUGGCUUGAGUGAUUCCAAUGAAAAUACUGCAAUGCAGUGUCUUUCUCAGAGUACGGAGGAAUAUCCUGCAAUACCAAAUCCCCUUCCUGUUAUACAAAUGACACAAAGUUGUGCUAAUAAAUUUCCAAACAGCUCUUAUAGUAAUGAAGAUUCCAGAUUGCCACCUUUAUAUUUGCUUCCAUCUACUCUAUCUCAAAGUUUUUUUGAAGGCUACUACAAAAGCAGGGGAGACAUUGCCAUGGGACACCCAACCAAAAAAGAAGUGCCUUGCAUAUCAGCACCUCUGAAGAACUCCAAACCACACUGUCAAGCUGGAGAGUUAGAUACUGUGAGGUUGAAGAAACUGAAUAAGUGUUCCAGACUGGCUUCAUUUCCAGGAAGGGUCAACUACAGGACUGGUUACCGAUUUGCUGAUCCUGCCAAUGGAGCCCCAUCUCAGUUCCUUCAGAGGCUUGCUGAAUUAGCUGCUCUUGAAUGCACAACCAUUUAUGAAGAGAAAACCGGAAAAAUAAAGAAGACCAAGAAACAAGAAGCAUAGACCAGAAUUAUGCAAGGAGCAGGCUCCUUUGCAAUUAAUGUUUUUGUUUGAUCUCCUUUUAACAUAUAUUGUGUUGAUCAGUGAGUCACAAUUAAUGUAAAAUAAUAAUUAGAUGUUUAAUAAAUGUAUUAUCAUGGUUA